AACAAAUAGGUUGUGGCUUGAAUGUUCUUGUAUUAACAAUUUUAUCGGAUUUUCUAUCUCAUUUUAGAUCUAAAAAAGUAUUGGUCUAGUCAGAUCAAUCAAAAUUGAUGUACAACACAGACAAUUAUAUAUGUGUCAAAAUGAUCAACUAUGAUUGUGGACACUACCUGCCCUGGUAGAAGUAGAAAAAUAUAAGAGAACACAAAACAAAUAAAAUGUACAAAUUGGUUAGAUAAUAGAAAAUUUGAAAGACUGUUUUGAGCUUUCACCACUUUCAGUUGAUAAUCAAGGGAAAUAAAUUUAACAAGAUUAAUUAGUGAUGAAGAUAUAAAAGGAAAGAAUGACAACACAAGGAAAUAAAAUCAAACUGAAAGAUCUGGUUGAUAUAACAGGAGCUCUUUCAAAGAUAAUUUGUAAAUCAUUUGGACCAAGAUGUCGUCAGACUCUUCUUUCCACCUCCACAGGUAAAAUCAUGAUCACAUCGGAUGGAUUCCAGAUUCUCAGAUCAUUAAAUAUCGGACAUCCUGUUGCUAAGGUCAUAGUUGAAGCUUGUGAAAAACAGCACAGUAACCAUGGCGAUGGUGUCAAGACAUUUCUUUUGUAUCUAUCCACAUUCAUGCAGUGUUUAGUCAAAAUUUCUUUAGAUUAUGAAAACCUUAGUUUGAAGAUUUCCAGACAAAUUCCCCUUUUUAUAGAAGAAACAUUAUCAAACUGUUUUAAGACAUUAGCAUUGAAAUCAUUUUUUCUGGAUUCAGAUUCCAAAUUAUCAGAUAUUUCAUAUCUAUUCAAGUCUGUUAUUACAACAACUUUAUCAACUCAUUUUAGUAAAAAACAAAGUCAACUGUUCUCAGAAAUGAUUAUUGAAGCCAUUAACAACAAGUCUUUCGAUUUCAUAGAUAUUUUAGAUUUAAUUAAUUUCUAUGUCGACUAUUUUGAUUUGCUCCAUAUUAAAUGCAGGCAGUCUUAUUCAAAGUCGAAGAUAAUACCAGGAAUCUUACUUCGAGACUUUACUGUUCGACCUCAUGACACCUCAGAAAAAAAUCUUAAAUUUGUGAUUCUACAGAACUCUAUUGAAGGAAACACUGAAGAAAAAUCAGAUGAAAUUAUAAAUGUUUCCAUGGAUACAGAUUUAGAUUCCUGUUUUAUGGAGAGAAUCAAGGCAGCUGACAUUUUUCUCAAAAAAUUGUCCAAUGACGAAAUUCGACUAAUCUUUUGUAAUCAGAAAGUUCCCCCAUAUGUGAUAUCCUUAUGUAACAAAUAUAAAAUCGGUGUUAUUGGUUACCUGGAUGACGAAGACAUAAUAUUUUUAGAAACAUUAACCAGUUGUCCAUCGAUAUCCAGUAUUUAUGAAGAUAUUACAGAUGUUUCAAUAGGAGAGACUAUAUACGAGAGAGUGAAUUAUUAUGGAAAGUAUUUUAUAAAUUUGACGUUUAAAAACCCUCUCAUAAAAACAUUUCUGCUCUGUGCACCGACAGAUGGACUGGUGUAUGAAUUAUCUUCCCUAUUUUAUAAAACGUUAAAAACAUUGCAAACAGCUUCAAAUGGAACCAAUAACGGUUAUCCAAGAAAAUUAUUUAUGCGUGAAACAAGCCCAAAGGUAGAAAAAAAUGGAACUUUAGACAGUGAACAUUUGUUACAAGAAAAUUUAAAAGUUGGUCAAUCAGAUCAAAUUAACAGGCUUGUCACCCUUGAAACUAAUGAUAACUCUCAAAAACUCUUUCUGAUUUCUGGUGGGGGAUAUUUUGAAUUUCAGAUGGCCAAAUUUCUUAAAGAGUCAUCAAAGAAUUUCACCGAUCAACAGUCUGGCAUGCUUUGUAAAAUUCUGAGCGAUGUCUUAUUGUGUAUCCCAGAAGCCCUCCAUACGAAUUUAUGCUUGAAUACCUCCACUAAUAAACGUGAAUAUAUCCAAAAGUUACAAACUAUAUUAGGCUCUGAUGAAAAUUUGUGUUUGAAUCCUCGUGGUGAAAUCAAGGACUGUAGUUCUUCAAGGCCAAAUGGGUGUCUGGAAUCUUUAAAUAUUAAAAUAAUCACAUUAUGUAAUGUUCUGCAACUUAUUCAACAGUUUUUAAGAUUUGAUAUGGUAGUUGGAAUAAACAAAACCUGAUGUUUAAAUCUUAAGGUAACUACAUUAUGUAAUGUUUUGCAAAUUAUUAAGAUUUGAUAUUGUAGUUGGAAUUAGAGAGAGAGAUAGAAAUGGGGUUUAAUGUCCACUCGACACAAACUAGGUAAUUUUGGGACUAACAUAUGGUUAAAUUUUAUUUCAAUAAUUCACUGGGGCGUAGGGGUCUUUAGCAGUGGGAGCAAACCGGAGGAGAAAACCUACGAGGUUGGACAGGUGACCCUACUCCUUGUCAUGUACAACCGGGGAAUCAAAACCACGCCAGAUGACUCAAUGACAGACCUUAUGAUACAACGCGCACAUGCAAACCAUUCGGCCAUCCAACCCCCCUAGUUGGAAUAGACAAAACUGAUGUUUAAAGUCCCUGAUCAUUCUUUGAGGGAUUUUGAAUCCCUAGCAAACUACAAUAUUGUGAUAGUUGAAUCUCUAAAAGGACUAUCAGUCCAAACAUGGUUCAUUUCCAUCAGUAUUUACACAGAUAUGAUGAUAUAAACAAACCAGUGCCACCUAUAGUAUAUUUUGAUAGGACUCUUUUUAUUAGAAUUGAAUCCAAACCAUUGAUAUUUUGUUUUUGUUGUUUUAAACAUACAUUAUGCAAGAGCUAAAUCUGCCUAUUUCAGGACUUUCUUUAGGCCCGAAAUGUUAUCUAAAUUAUUAAUUAGACAUUAAUUAACCUAUCCAGGCCAUAAUCGACUUUAGAUGGCAGCGCUAGCCUGCGAUCUUAAGUGGUUUGUAAGCCGAUUUACUGCAUAACUUUCCUUCUCGAUUAAACAAUUAAAUGGAUAAUCGAGACUAUGUUGUUUAUCGUACUGACUUUAGUAAUGAUGACCGAGGCUUAUGGGAAUUUCAGUCGCUUAGUUCUCGGUUCAUAGUUGAUCAAUUUGAAUGAAAUUUUCACCAAAUUGCCUUUACAUUAUCUAGUUUUUAACUAUUAUAGUGAGAACUGCCA